GGAAGGACUGUCUCUCCGUCCGAACCCGGACCUCCUGCUCGCGCUCGCGCUCCGGGUUUCGGCGGGAAUGGAGCGCAGCAGUGACGUAGACACGCGUGGGAGCAGCGCCAUGUGGAAACACUUCCAGACCAAAACCAAACCGUUACUCAGCCCCAAGCGGGGCUCCAGAGACCCCGACGACACGAGCGCGUCCACGCUGAAGAUGAUGACGAAGAAGAAGCAGCAGGAGUACGAGGUUGUGGACCGAGUAAUCUCCUCCUCUCAGCCCGACCUGCUGUUCGCCUGCGGGGGAUCAGCGGGUCCGCACAGGGUGGCACAGCUGGUGCAAUCCCGCCACAAGAGCUCGUCUCUGGGCUGUGAGGGCUUAGAGAGGCUGAGCGAGCCCCCAGAAAGACAAGAACCUCCGGAGGAGGACCAGGGGGUCGGUGCAGCGCGCACUCCUGAGCGAGGUCUCCACAGCUCUGGGAUGUACAAGCUGGAAAUCGAACUGAAGAGUGGACACAACCUGGCCAUUCGAGACAGAGGAGGCAGCAGCGAUCCGUACGUCAAGUUCAAGUUCGCUAGUAAAGAAGUGUUCAGAAGCAAAACCAUCCACAAAAACCUCAACCCAGUGUGGGACGAGAAGACCACGUUGAUCGUAGACAGCCUGAGUCAGCCUUUAUAUGUGAAGGUGUUUGACUAUGACUUUGGAUUUCAAGAUGACUUCAUGGGUUCUGCUCAUCUCCAUCUGGAGUCUCUGGAACACCAAAGGAAGAUACCCGUUACUUUGGUGCUACAAGACCAACAAUGCCCUGAACAGGACCUGGGCACCCUGGAACUGACAGUCACCAUCACCUCAAAAGAGAGUCCCAUAGAGGAACACAGAGAGUCAAUGACCAUGCUGCUCAGGAGGUCCUGGAAACGCUCCACUCAGUUUCAGCAGCAGUCACAGCGUCUCUCAGAGCUGCACGGGAAAGCCCAGCUUUGGCGCGGGAUUGUCAGCAUUGCUCUAAUUGAAGGUCGGAACCUCCUUCCUAUGGAUCCCAAUGGUCUCAGUGACCCAUAUGUGAAGUUCAGACUGGGACAUCAGAAAUACAGGAGCAAGACUGUACCAAAGACUCUGAAUCCCCAGUGGAGGGAACAGUUUGACCUUCACCUCUAUCAGGAUAUGGGGGGAGUCUUAGAGAUCACAGUCUGGGACAGAGACACCGCGAGAAGAGACGACUUCAUUGGACGCUGCCAGUUGGACCUGUCCACGCUGGCGAAGGAGCAUACUCACCACUUGGAGCUUCCAUUAGAAGCUUCACGUGGUUCCCUGGUGCUCCUGGUCACCCUGACCGCCUCAGCUCACGUGUCCAUCUCUGACCUGCCAGUCACACCUCUGGAUGACCCCCACGAAUGGCGGGAGAUCCUCAAACGAUACGGCAUGCUGAAGUCCUUCUCAGACAUCGGAGACGUUGGCAUAGUACAGGUCAAAGUGUUGAGAGCUGAAGGACUGAUGGCUGCUGAUGUAACAGGUAAGAGUGAUCCUUUCUGCGUGUUGGAGCUAAAUAACGACAGACUACAGACUCAUACUGUUUACAAGAACCUCAAUCCAGAGUGGAACAAAGUCUUCAUCUUUAACAUCAAAGACAUUCACUCAGUUUUGGAAGUUACGGUGUUUGAUGAGGACAGAGACAGGAGUGCAGAUUAUCUGGGGAAAGUGGCCAUCCCUUUAUUAAAUAUCUGUAAUGGUGAGCAGAAGGGAUACCUGUUAAAAAAUAAGGAGCUCACGGGUCCAACCAAAGGUCUCCUCUAUCUAGAAAUUGAUGUUAUUUACAACGUGAUCAAAGCUGCUCUGAGAACCGUGGUCCCUGCAGAGCGCAAGUACAUUGAGGAAGAAGUGAAAGUCUCCAAGCAGUUGCUUCAGCAGAACUUUAGCCGUGUGAAGAGGUGCGUUCUGGUCCUGAUCAGCUAUGGCACGUAUAUUAACAGCUGCUUUGAAUGGGAAUCCACACAGAGGAGCAUCAUCUCUUUUGUGCUGUUUGUGCUCAUCGUGUGGAAUUUCGAGCUCUACAUGUUGCCUUUGGCUUUGUUGCUGGUGCUGCUUUGGAACUACUUUUUCUCCUUGAGCAGGGAAACAUCAGACAUGUCAAUUGAGGCAAUGUUUGAAUGUGAAGAUGAGGACGAGGACAAAGAGGAAAAGGACUCUGAGCCCAAGGGUUUCAUGGAUAAACUUUAUGCCAUCCAGGAUGUGUUCAUCAGUGUUCAGACGACUCUGGAUGAGGUGGCUUCAUGUGGAGAGAGGAUAAAAAACACUGCUAACUGGACGGUGCCUUUUCUUAGCUGCUUGGCAAUCACUGCCUUAUGCUUGGCCACAGUUCUACUCUACCUCAUCCCCUUUCGAUACCUCGUCCUUGUUUGGGGAGUGAAUAAGUUCACAAAGAAGCUUCGUAAUCCAUACAUGAUUGACAACAAUGAGUUUCUAGACUUCCUUUCCAGAGUGCCAUCUGAUGUUCAAGUGAUGCAGUAUCGUGAUCUGAAGGUUGACCCUGGACAAAGCCUGAACAAACGCAGGAGGACAUACCCGAGUUAGCUGCACUCUCACACAAAUCAUCAUUCUUCCAUACUGGAGUUUGUCCAUCUAACACGCUGAAGCUACCUUUGUAAAGGUGUAAACUAUAGUAGUUAUAUUUUAUUUGCAUACAUUAUUAGAUAUGCAAAGUUGUCUUCCUUUUUUUAGAUUGUUUAAUUACAUAAAGAAAUCCUGAAGGAAAGCUAAAGAAUAAAGUUUACAUUUU